CUAGCACAUAUACGUAAAGUCUUGGUGUGCGGACGUCGCCUUAGAAUAAGGAAAAUUAUUUACAAAUGCUCGCUUCACUCUUGAUUGUUAUGAAUACAAAAUGGCCGCGUGAUACGAAACACAUGUUUUAAAUAAGUGCUGUGAUAAACAAAGAUAUAUAAAAGAAAAGAUAUAAUGUUGAAAAUUCACCUGUUCGCGGCUGUUUUAAUACUCUCCGGAGAAAUAGGAUUCUGUCAACAAGAAGGCGAGUCAUGUACAGUGGAACAUACUAACACUUUAGGAGUCUGUACGCCGGCCGCCUCCUGUCAGUCAGCGAGGAGAGACUAUCAAAGCAAUGGGAUUACUCCGACGUUCUGUAGCCGGAGCCUCCAGUCGAUCACUGUCUGUUGCAGUGACGCUAGUUCCAUACUGAAUACAGCUAAUAACCGGAAACAACCGCUGCCUCAUCAGCAGACAGCAUCAAAAGACGGGCGUAGACUGAGUGAAUUGAAAUGUGAAGAGUACAGCAAACGUGUGUACGAGACGGUGGGUUACAUAGCUUUGGUACCGGACCCGGAAACGAUGUCUAUAUCCGCCCCAAAAUGUGACUACAACGGUGUGGAGCUGAUCGUGGGCGGAGAGGACGCUGAUACAGGAGAGUUUCCACACAUGGCCGCAAUAGGCUGGAUUAACUUGGAAGGCUCAUACUCCUUCCUCUGCGGCGGCAGUUUGAUCAGCUCCAAGUUCAUCCUGACAGCAGCGCACUGCACCAAGUACUCCAAGAUGAGGGAACCCAAGCCGGUCAUCGUGAGGCUUGGAGACCAGAACCUGGACACGUCCGUCAACGACGGCGCCAGCCCCAUUGAGGUGCCAAUAAAGAAUAUAAUAAAGCAUCCGCUAUACAAGUCCCCGGGCAAGUAUCAUGAUAUAGCGUUACUGGAGCUGGCGUCCGACGUGGACUUCGACUCUUCCAUCAGACCAGCCUGCCUCUGGUACAGACCCGACUUCCCUGGACACACUAAAGCAGUGGCCACCGGCUGGGGGGUUGUUGACCCGCGUACACAGCGCGCUUCAAACGAAUUACAGAAAGUAUCGCUGACGCUACUAGAGAACGAUUUUUGUAAUGUUCUAUUAAAGACGAAGAGGAACAGACUGUGGAUGGACGGGUUCACUGCGGACCAGCUGUGUGCUGGAGAACUGAGAGGCGGCAAGGACACCUGUCAGGGCGACUCUGGGUCCCCCCUCCAGGUGGUGUCCCGGGAGAACAAGUGCGUGUUCCAUAUAGUCGGCAUCACGUCCUUCGGUCACAGAUGCGCCCAGUCUGGGAGUCCAGCUGUCUACACCAGGGUCUCUUCAUACUUGGACUGGAUAGAGUCUGUGGUAUGGCCGGGGGAGGGAUGAAAUAAAUGCUUUAGAACUA